AUGAGCCGACCUAGUGAAGCACAUUCAGUUGCCUGGAAACAUCACAAACGAGAGAUUCAGCUGGGUUCCAGAAGGAAGCACGAGGGCUUUGAUACUGCCAGGUUGCCCGAGCCUAGACAAGGGGAGUCGAGAGGCAGAGGUCGGAUUCGAACCACGGACCUUCCGGCAUCGGACAGUCCAUUGGACUACAGACGUCUACGGGUCAUCAUCAUACUCUAA